UCCAGGCUGUUCCGGGUCAAGGCAAAGGCGUGGGAAGAUGGCUGCGCCCAUGGAGUUGUAUUGCUGGGCAGGCGGGUGGGGGCUGCCCACCGUGGACCCCGAUUGCUUGGCCGUUUUGACUUACGCUCGAUUUACAGGGGCUCCCCUCAAAGUUCACAAAAUCUCCAAUCCCUGGAGAAGCCCCUCUGGAUCGCUCCCCGCGCUCAAGACAGCCGACGGGGUUAUUUCCGAUCCGCAGGAAAUCAUCACCCAUUUUAGGAAACAGCAAUUUAAUGCAGAUUACGACCUCUCGGCAUUACAAGGGGCGGACACUCUAGCCUUCCUCUCUCUGGUACAUGGGAAGCUCCUGCCUAUGCUGAUCCACACUUUCUGGGUGGACGCGAAGAAUUACGUGGAGCAUACGCGGAAGUGGUUCGCGGAAGCCAUCCCCUUCCCACUUAAUUUUUUCCUGCCGGGCCGAAUGCAGAAACGUCAGCUGGAGCGUCUUCAAACGGUCUGCGGGGAAAACUGGCAGGACGAUGAAGAACAGCUGGAAAAACAGCUUUAUCGAGACGGUUGCGAAUGUCUCACUCUCCUCUCUCAACGCCUCGGCCGGAAGAAAUUCUUCUUCGGAGACUCACCCGCCUCUUUGGAUGCCUCCGUCUUCAGUCUUCUAGCCGGCCUGCUUAACGCCAAACUCCCCAACGGGAAAUUCCAGCAACACCUCAAAUCGCUUCCAAACCUUUGCAAUUUCUGCACGUCCAUCUUGAGCCUUUAUUUUCCCUGGGACGGAGGGGACCCCCCACCCAACCUCCACAAAGCGGCCUCCGGCGACGUCGCCGACGCUGACGGGGAGACGCACAAGCGACGCAACCAGUUCCUCUCUGUCCUGGUGGCGCUGGUGGCCAUGGUGGGCUACGCCUUCCUCUCGGGGAUUGUGUCCAUCCAGAAGGACACCCCACACCAUGCCGGCCAGCACGCCAUUACCAUGGACGAGGCCGAGGAGGAAGAGGAAGAGGAGUAGUACCGGCUUCCAACAGACUUGAAAAUAAUUCUUUUUUUUUUUUAGUACGGCUAAGCUGACUCCGGUACCGCUGUCUCAAAAUCCUUUUUUUAAAAUCCAUUCCGGGGACGAUCGAGGUCAAUAAAUCAGGGGGAGGUUCAGGUUUAA